UUAUAACGCAGGAAGAAAUAACACAUUAAGUUAAUCAAAAUAAUGUAUAUCAUCACAUCUAUAUGGAUUAUACUUGUUUAUCCAUUUACAAUUGUACAUUCUAAAUGCAAUAUCACAUUAACCAUAUCAGGAGAUAAGGAGGCUGAAUGUUCAUACCAAGGAUUAACAUCCGUUCCGAAAAACUUACCGUCUGACUUAUGGAAAUUGGAUUUAAGUCAUAACAGACUGACACGACUAAAUGCCAACAGUUUUGAUAGAUAUAAGAAUCUAGAGCAUAUAAUACUCGAUAAUAAUAUUAUAAAUUUUUUGGAUGCGAAGGCUUUCACCGGUUUAACAUUAUUACAACGUUUGUCAAUGGUAAGAAAUAAACUAAACGUGUCUACAUCGUACCAACCUGGAGUGUUUGAAUCCUUACAGAAUUUAUCAGCUUUAGAUGUUAGUAGAAAUAUGAACAAAUCAAAGCAUUUGGGCAAAUAUAAUAUCCCCGUUAGUGACCUCUGCAACUUGCGUGAGCUGUCUAUUGAUCUUGUGUUUAAUGCAACGUUUGGACAACAAUUUAAGAAACUGCAAAAUUUACAAAAGUUGAGAUUUGACUAUUGCCACGUUGAUAUUUUAUACAAUGAUACAUUUUUGAAUAUGCCGGUACACAUAAAGGAAUUCCACAUGACAACUUGUAAACAUUUCGUCGUCAUUGAAGUUGGAGUUUUAGUACCAUUACCUCAUCUAAAAGUACUGAAUCUUACUAACAGCAAUAUUCACUUGACGCAGGCUCUCAGAAUUUUACAUCCAUUUCAACAUAAAUCAAUGGAUGCGAUUCUAUUUCGUGGUAUAACUUAUGGUAAUAUAAUACACGACCUUGACGCGGUUGUUUUGACACUGGAGAUGAUGAAAUAUAUAUCAACUAUAUGCAUAACGACCUUAGACUUUUCAGACAACCAGAUAGUAUCAGUAAAACACAAUUCAAUAGUUUCGUUUGAACACCCAGCCUGCUUUGAACAUAUAAUGCUAUCAUCUAAUAGUUUUAGUUUAGAAACUUGGGCAGUUAAUCUUUUCCUUUUUUUACGUAGGAUGACCAACAUUAAAAUGUUUGAUUUUUCCUAUUUUCCGCUAAGGUUUAAAAACCCAGUCUUCCUUGAUGUGGUGACAAAAAAUAACCAUACAACAAUCCAAAAACUUCAAUAUCUAGGGCGAUUAGAUAUUCAGAAUAUAACAGUUACGUUUCCCAGCCAAAUACAAUUUGUGAGAAUAGCACAUGUUAUGGGUAGAAAUGGUUUCAGGGAAAAAAAAGUACAUAAUAGCUACCUUCGUCAUCUCGAAGUUUCCUAUUUUGAAACAGAUGUUUUCCCGAUAUUGACUGGAGUAGGAUUUAAUAGUUUGGAGCAUUUAGAUUUGUCAGGAAUAAGUUCUGAUAUAACAAUUGGAGCGGGGAAAAUUCCAUUCUUAAUCCAUUUGAAAACACUCAUCAUGAAGGAAACACAAUUUUACAGCGUUUUACAAACCAAUUCAUCAAUAUUAAGUUUGUGUCCAAAUAUAAAGAAUUUGGAUAUAUCAUAUAACUACAUGCUAAAGCUAGAUUUGCUUGGACAAUUGCUGUAUUUAACUCAACUCAAUCUAUCUCACAACCUGUUUGAUGAUAUUCCUGAAGUAGUUACACAGUUUAAUAGCCUCACCAAUCUUGAUUUAUCACACAACCGGUUAACAACAAUUCGGAAGAAUGUACUUAAUUGGAUUGAUACCCAGCACACCAAAUAUGGAACUUUUGAAUUAUAUCUCAUUAAUAACCCAUUGAUUUGUUCAUGUGAUACAACCACAUUUUUGCGUUGGAUUCUGACCACUAAAGUACAGGUAGAUAAAAUUGGUAAUUACUCUUGUUGGGUUUCUUCACUUAAAAAAUCAACUAUACUAGAAAUGUCGCUGAAGACUUUCAUCAUUAUUUUGUUGACUAUGAUUCUACCAUUUGGAUCAAGUUAGGUAUUUCAUUAUUGGUUUCCGUUUUAUCAACUUUGAUUUGUAUAACACUUAUGUACAAUUUUAGGUGGAGAAUAAUUUUCUUUUUCUUCCGAAAUAUCCGGAGAUUUGCAGAGAAAGGUCUUGAGCUAAAAUUUGAUUAUGACGUUUACGUGUCAUAUUCGGACGACUAUACCUCUUUUGUGAAAGAGUUACAAAAGAAAGUGGAGGACGAAUGGGGUUUCAAAAUUUGCUUCGAAGAUAGAGAUUUCGUUGCAGGCGAAUCGAUAGCAACCGAGAGAGCUACUGCUAUUCAUAGAUGUAGACACGUUAUAUUUCUUGUCUCGCCAUCAAUUGUCGAAAAUGAAUGGACUCGUUUUGAAAUUGAGCGAGCAAAGUAUGAAAAGUUUUCCCAAAAUUUACAGAAGAUAGUUGUUAUAACUAGAGAUAUAUCGUUAGAUAAUAUUCCCAUACAAUUUUCCAGCAUUUAGAAAGAUGUUCUUUUAAUUCAAUGGCCAAUCAAGAAGGAUGAAGUACAAAUGGCUUGGCAAAAGCUUCGACUUUGGUUCUUUUGAUGUAUUUUAAGGGUAAAAAUAACUAGCUUGACAUUCAUGAUACACCAUUUUUAUGUGUUGUGCAUAAUAGUUUACAUCUGUAUUCAUGUCAGCGUAUUUAAUACAAUAGUUUGUCUCAGCUCUUUGAACGUUUAUACAAUAGCUAUUGUACAGACAUGAUUGCUUAUCUUACUUGUGAACAUGUGUAUUAUAAGAAACUUUAUUAACUAUGUGUAAUGUAUCAAGUAACUAAGAUAGUAAGUUGUGUUUGUAAAGUCAUGUUUCUGAUCACAGCUGUACUUUUAACAUGUAUAAUAGAAGGUAUUACAAUGGGCAGAGGUAAAGAGGCCGUAUGAACCCAGAUGUUAAACAGACUUUUUCUUUUAUUUUUUGUCCUAUUCUUUUGUGUUUUCAUUUCGACUUGGUUUCAGAGAAAAAAUGUCAGGGCUCAAAAUUAAAUGUGCAUUUAACAAUUAAUUGAUUUAAAGAAAGAGGUAUCAAAUUCUUCACACUCUACUAUUAGACUUUUUCAGUUUGGUAAAGACUUUUACAUUUUUUAAAUAGCUAGUUUUUCUUAAAUAUUUUCAUCGUCGCAAUGUAGUUCUUAUUUGUGACGGUACUUACUUUAUAACGAUACUGGAACACACCCUCGAAAUAGCGGACAUUUAGUGCGGGAUGAACUAUAUGAAUUGUUGUAGAGUAAAUUUUUUCCAAGAAGGUUCUAUGACUUGAGGAAAUUUAGGCAAGGUAUCAAAAGUAUUAUCCUGCUGGUACCGUGGUGACAGGACAAUUUUUAACUUUUCCCCUUUUUCCUAAGUCCGUUAGUUUUUGUUUCCUUUUUUUCUGUAUACUAUGAUAAAAUUGAGAAUGGAAAUGGGGACCAUACAUCUACUAAAAACAAAGUGUAUUUGCUGUUUACUAUCAAUUCAAAGUUGUCUUACUAUCCACGACGGUCACUAGCAUGAUAUACACCUCUCACAACAAACACGAACAAAGAAAACAUGCCCCACUUCCACACCAGGAAAGCUGAAUUGCGUCCAAUUGCCGUAGAGGUUAACAGACCAAUUUUCAAUUCAAUUAUAUAUAAUAGAAUUUACAAAUGUGAAGCAAGAUCUGCAUUUGAAUGUUUGGAUAUAUAAUUGCGCAGCCACGUUCAAAUGCGGUUGAGUUUUAUUUCGUUCUAUGAGUUGAAUUAUUUUAGUAUAAUGAAUUGCAUAAUAUUUAUCUGUACUUGUACGAAAGAAGAGCUAAUUUUGUUCAUAAAUGCAUAUUGUAUUGCAUCUAA